AUGCUUACCAUGUCAGAUAGACAACGUUACAAAUUUCCUGUUACAACAUCACAGAUCCAAAGUAUUGUCUCUAUAGAAAAGCCAAAUGAUAUUGAUAUACCUGCGACUGACCGAAAAGAAGAAUUCUUCUGUAAUUUUAUACAACAAGUUAACAUAUGGUUAAAAUGGUUUGACAAAUUUGUCGAUAUUUUUCAGCAUAUUACUGAAUGGCUUAAAACCCGAAAAUUACAACGUGCUGAACAAUUACUUGGUGAUAUUCAUACAGUGAAAACUGAUUCAAUGAUUACUGUGAUUAAAAUAAAAGAAAUCAUUCAAGAUAUUAUUAAUCUACUAAAAUCUUUUAAGAACCUUCAUCGUCUCUGUCAUCUGUUUAAUUGUACGGAAUCAUUUGAAAACAUUGAUUCUGGUACUUUAACUGAUCAAAACCAAUGGAAGUCUUAUAUUGACGAGCUUAAACGAUGUCACACAAAUAAUACAUUCAUAGUCAAAGCGACUACUAUUCAUGAACAUCUGCAUCCGAUCACUGCUCGUCGAGUUGUUCACUGGUCACUUGCCUGUGAAAAACUUGAAUGCAACAUCAGUAUAGAGUAUCAAAGUACUACAUCUCCUAUUAACAGGCACAUAUUGUUUUCCAAAGAUAAAGUUCCUCUUGAUAAGCGAGUUUUACGUGGUAUAUUUACAACACAGCAACGUGGAGAUUUAAUUAUUACAAUUGACAAUCAAAAAGGACUUGCUUCACGAACAAUUUGUCAUAUAAAUGUUAUAAUUGAUUGUGUAAAAAAGUUCGAUAUUAUUUUAAAAAAUAAUGAAAAUGACGAAUCAAUUGAUAAUUUACAAGAAAUGACUAUAAAUGAAAACUAUUCUCUAAAACAAAUCUCAGAAACUUACAAAGAUCUUUAUCAGCGUUUUCAAAAGUUGACCAAUCAUCAUUUACAAUUGAUUAAAACGAUUUCUGAAUGUUCUCAUGUUAUUCAAACGAUGAAAAAAUUUGAUUUAUAUUCUACUGAAGGCUUACGUCGAUUUCUAGAAUUACGAGAUAAUUUAACAACACAAUUUCAAUUACAGGAACGCAGUAAUAUGAUUCUUAAUUCAUUGAUUAUUAGUUAUGCUUUAUGUGAACCAUUUGUUCGCCAAGUUGAAAAUUUAGAAGAAUUUGUAGAUAAUCUAGCAAAAUUAUCAAAUAUUGAUGAAAGUUCCUUGGAACAUGUAAAAAUUGUCAAUGAUAAUAUACAGAUUAUAACCAUGUGGUUAUCAGCAGAAACAACGACAAUGUUAGACAAUGCUCUUAUCACAAUGGAACGUUUAUAUAGGACGGGUACAGUGCUAAUUCGUCUACGAAAUUUGAUGAAUGAAUCAUCUUAUUUCGAAGUCGGAUAUUCAAUUGAUGCAUCAUCAUCAGAAUUCACUAACUCAGAUUCAAGCGAUCUUGAUGAAGAAGAUCAAAACAAACAACAAAAAGAAAAACUAAAGUUUACAUUAUCAAUGGCUGAUAUUGAUGAUCAUAAACGUCAAUUAACAUUUUGUAAUGUCGAUUUAAAACAAUAUAUGAUCGACAAAAAGAUAUUACUGGAAGAACAAUUAAAGCUAUUAGAAACUAUUGAAAAAAUUUAUUUAAUUCUGUUAAAACUUGAAAAAGCUGGUCAUCCAAAUUUUCAAUUGAAAGAAUAUAAUUAUGAAAUUUAUGAUCGAUCAGGUACAGUUCAUAAAAUAUUGGCUGACUUGAAAAAUAAUGAAGAAGGUAGUGAACAAAAACUUAGAGAAGAAAUUAGAGAUCGAACGAAAUAUUUUCAAGCAAAAUUUACUAAAUUUGAAGCUGAUUAUAACAUAUGGAUACAAGAUUUAGAAAGUUCUCGAAGUCAAAUUCCAUUAUUAAAAUUAUUUUCAAAUCAUCAAAUUAUGAUUAUGUUUAUUUUAUUGACAACAUCAACAACAGAAAAUCAAGUUCAACGAAAUUUUUUAGAAAAAUUAUUUUCAUUAAAAGAUCUUAUCAAUAAAAAAGAAGAACAAUUUAACUUAACUAUUCUUUGUUUAAUUCAUUAUUUACAAUCGUUGAGAAUCAAAGAUUGUGACUUAUCUCAAAAUAAUAUUAUUAAUCUUUAUAACAAAUAUAAAAUAGAAUAUAAUAAUUCGAAAAACGAAGAUUUGCAACGAGAAAAUUUAAGAAAAAUAUGCUUCUUUUUGGAAGAUUUAUUUAAAAAAGGAAGAGAACUACUAACAGAUAAUUCAACAAAUACUGAAAAUCAACAAUAUCUCGUUACAUUAAAUUCGCUAGAACGAACACAGAAUAAUUUCGAAAUUGAGAAUGACUUUGAUAUGGAUACAUGUUCAAUUCUUUUAAAUAUUUUUAAUGGUCGAUUACCAGCUUCAUAUCAAAUACUCUGGUGUUCUGUUUCAACUGAAGACGACAUUCAAUUAUUUUUCUCACGUGUACGAACAUUUCCUUCUUUGACAUUUGUUGUCAUCGAUAUGGAUAAAAUGCAUCAUCGACUUCGAGAAUUAUUAUUAAAUGAACAAGAUUUAUUAAACAAACAAUCUGAACGACAUGGAACAAUUUAUUAUUUUUCAAGAGAAUCAAUAUCGUUGAGAAAGGGUUUACGAUCAUUUUAUAUACGACCGCAACAUCGAAAUUCAGCUCUAAAUUAUUCAUCUUUUGUGACAUUACUACGAAAUAAUUCUAUUUCACUACCACAAAUUCAAAUUGUAUAUGGCAAGGCUGGCAUUGGAAAAACCCAUCGUAUCAAAACUAAAUAUAAGGAUCAUAAUAUAUCAUGUGUAAGUAUUAAUGAUAAUUUAAAUUUAUCGUCGUUAAUUACUACGUUUCUCUCGUUGGAAUCGAAAUCAUUUAAUAAUCAACCAUCAGUAUAUUUUAAUAUUUCUAUUCAUGCACGUUUUCAACAAUUGAAUCAUGCACUUUUUUCACUAUUUAUAUGCGGUUCAUUAAAUGAUCUGAGUGGUGGACUGACAUUUUCACCACUGAUAACAAAACCAUGGAAAUUUAUUUUUGAAAUUCCUUAUAUAGACAAAUGUAAUUUACCGGUUAAAAAUAGCUUUAAUCAUAUAUUACCAAUACUUUCAAUAAUGUCAUCAAAUAAUUUAGAAGAAGUAACGGAUGUUAAUUAUCAGUUAUUUAUUAGUGAAGAAGAAGAAGUUGUUGCAAGAUUUCUUAAAGCUUAUGAAACUGGAACGAUUGAUCGUCAGUUAACAUAUAAUCAUGUUAAUGAUGACCAACCUGUGGAUUUUGAUCUAUUAACAGAUCAUGAUGACUGUCGUUCUUGCAUUUACAAAUGUAUUGAAAAAUACGCAUCAGAAUUACCAAGAAAUAAAAUUGUUGAACUUUCCUUUACGAAAUUUCUAUAUCGUCGUAUUCAAUUUUUUACUGGAUUUUUUUAUCGCUACAAUAUGACUAUUAAUCAUCUCGGAUCAAUUACUAUGACACAAAUGAUAAAUGAAGCAAAAGAUCUUACCCAAAUAAGCUUUCUUUCAAAUAAUUAUCCUCGUAUUUAUCUUGUUUAUGAUCCCGAAUUUGCAUUACAUGUAUUACAUAAUGGCUGGGAGAAAGUUCCUCAAGAAUUAAGAUCUCUUUUCACAUCUGGUGAUCCAUCAAAAGUUAAAGAAUACGACAAUAAAAAUUAUUUUAUCAUAUGUUUAUCAUGGUUAAUGAAUAUCUCUUAUAAUUUAUUCGAAACAAUAAUGAUUGACACAAAUUUUAUUCUAACAGAAAAUUUUACUUAUAAACUUUUUCAUAUUCAUGAAAGAAAAUUAACAAAAUUAGCUCUUAUUAUUGAAGGUGAAACAGGUGUUGGAAAAACAUUUCUUCUUAAGUUUUACUCUUUAUUACUUAAUGGCAAUGUAACUCACGGUACUCUAGACAAUAGGCUUGCACCGAAAACUGUUGAACGUACAAAUCUAUGGUUAUUAAAAUAUUUUUUCGAAUUUUUCGAAAAUAAACAAAAAAAGAAAGGCAUUCUAGAAGAGCGAAAUAAUUUAUUAAGUUUAUUUCUUCAACAAAUAGAACCGAAGUUACACGGGUCAGAAAAUAAAAAUGAAGGUAAUAUAGAUCUUAUUCUACUAGAUGAUGAUGAAGUGAAUUAUCAGUUGUUAGCAGAAGUGACAAAUUCUUUACAAGAGUUGGAAUAUAAUGAUGAUAUUUUACGAUGUAUUUGGAAAACAAUCAUUACUAUUUUACAUGAAAAUGAUCCUGAUAUUGCUAAAAAAGUUCUUGUUGAAUUACAUAAUUUUGUCACAUCACAUUUAAUCAGUUAUCCAUUGAUUGAAGCCAGUUCUCAAUUAUUAAAAUUAUUAGAAGAAUCAACAGUACCAACAGUUGAAAAAUCGAUAGAAAUUUUCAAUGAAUUCAUAAGUCAUACUCUUAUUAAACCACUAUUUUAUCGUCUUCUUUUGCAUCCUGGUGUAACUGAAGAACAAAUCAAAGAUUUCAUGUUUCCUAUUUGUCAAUUAGCUGAGCAAAUGCCUAAUAUUGAAUUAGUCGUAUUUUUUGAUGAAGUUAAUACAGCUUCUUGUCUUGGUUUAUUUAAAGAAAUGUUUAUGGAUGGGACAUUACAUGGAAUUAGUUUACCAAAAAACAUUUUCUUUACUGCAGCUAUCAAUCCAGCACGAGAUCCUAAUGAAGAAUCUCAGAAUCAUUCUAAAGAUGGUUUUCAGAUUCAUCGUCAUAAUUAUAUUGUCCAUGAAUUACCACAAUCGCUAGAUAAUCUUAAAGUAUCUUAUGGAAUCUUAAAUUCAAAUACAUUAGAAGAUUAUAUAAAACAAAAAAUUGAAAAACUUACUGUUACUUCAACAAGCGAUCCAGCUAAAAAAUUACCAUUAAUUAAAUAUGCACAAAACCAACUUACUCAAUGUAUUCUUGAAGCACAACGAUUUUGUGAAGAAAAACUCGGUCGAAAUUCUGUAUCACAAAGAGAGAUUCAAAGAUGUUUUAAUCUUAUUGACUUCUUUUGGAAGAUGAAGUAUGAUAAAAGCAAUAGCGAUGAAGAUCUAGAUUCCAAACCAUGUAUUGCUUUAUCAUUAGCAUUGACAUAUUAUUUUCGACUUCCAACCGAACAAGAUAAUAAACUAAGAAAUGAUACAAGUGCACCACCACGUGAAGAAUUUGGAAAACUCCUUUCCAACUUUAUACCCGACUUUGUUGAAACUGUUCAAAAGGAACUUGAAGAGUUUGUUAAUACAGAUAAUUUUACUAUUCCAAAUGGAGUAGCUGUAAAUCAGGCUAUUCGUGAACAUAUCUUUGCAAUCGUUGUUAGUAUUGUUACUCAAACACCAUUAUGUAUAAUUGGUGCACCAGGUCAAUCAAAAACACUUUCAUUUCAAAUUGUUUUACAAAAUCUUCAAGGUUCUCAAUUAUCAACAAAAGAAUUUUGUAAACGUUUACCGGCUGUUGAUCCAUUUUUCUGUCUUGGAUCAAAAUAUAGUCGUUCUGAAGAUAUUGCAUCUGUAUUUGAACGAGCUAUCAAACGUGAACAACAAUAUAAAAUAAAUCGAAUAGAUACACGAUGUGUUGUUUUUUUGGAUGAAGCUUCAUUGCCAGAUGAGAAAAAGAUGGUCUUGAAAGUAUUACAUCCUUAUUUGGAUGAGUGUAAAGUAGCUUUCGUGGCUAUAGCUAAUACAUCAUUUGAUCCUGCGAAUACCAAUCGAAUGAUUUGUAUAUAUCGAUCUUUACCAUCAGAAAAUGAUCAAAAGCUAUUGGCAUAUGGUUGUCUUGGUUUACAAAGAGAAUAUGAGCAACAAAAUAUUAACAAAAAUCUCGAUAAAAUUGUUGAUGGUCUUUGCAAAGGAUAUCGUCGAGUACUUGCAGAUGAAACUAUUCCGAAAAUUUUUCAUGAUCGAGAUUUUAUUUAUAUGCUAAGAGAAUUACGUUUUGAAUUAUUAACAACAAUAACAAACGAUGGAGAUGCAAGCAUCGGCAUUAUUAAGCCGAAUAGCUUAAUACGUGCUCUCGAAGACAACUUUAAUGGAAUAAAAAGAGAAGAAUUUCGAAAAUUAGUCGACAUAUUUUUUAAAUCUGUUCAAAAGGAAUCGCCGAAUUUUUCUUUACCGAUAGAAGCCGGACAGAGAAGUAUUUAUCGUGAUAUUCCAACUAUUAUUCGAGAUUCGAUGAAACUUGAUUCAAAACGUCGACGCCUUUAUGGUCGUUAUAAAUUAAUUAUUGAUGAAUCAGAAGAUGAAAGUGCUAUAAAUCUUUUAUUACAAACAGGUAUUCUUGAUUCUGAUCCUGCCCGAACAUCAAUCUUUCGAAUGUCAGAUUUCUCGGACGACAUAAAUAAUGAGUUACGAAAUGUUGAAGUAUUAUCAACAAUUAAAUUAUGUAUGGAAGCUGGACGAACAAUUUUAAUGGUAAAUACAAGUCGAAUACAUGGUUCGCUCUAUGAUGUUUUUAAUCAAAAUUUUUCAAUAAUGGCAACUGGUGAUACGAGAAAGAUAUUUUCAAAAGUUUCUAUUGGUCCAAAAACAAUUGAUGUUGCUGUUCAUGAAGAUUUUCAAUGUAUUGUUCAUGUAAAACGAAGUGAAUUUGAAGAUAUUCCAGCACCUUUUCUAAGUCGUUUUCAAAAAUAUUCAUUAAGUGUUAAGGAUUUCUAUCGUAUUCAUUUAUAUAAACUUCCUGGUAACGAACAAGCUAUUUUAAGAAAUGUUGAAGAGAAAGUUUUAUCCUUUAUUGAACAUUUCGGACGACAAUAUUUUUAUGGUAUGAAUGAAAGUACUCUCUAUUCAUGUCUUCUACCAUUAAUAAUAAUCAAUGAAAACAAUGAACAUUCUUUAUCGAAUAUAAAUCAACAUUAUACACAAUUAACUUUUAUACUAAAAUCAUUUAUUCAACAAAAUUCUACUAAUAUUCAACAAUGUUUCGUUCGAUUAGUAUUAGCAAAACUAAUUCAACUUGUUUCACCCGAAUCAAUCAUAGUAAAAUUACCAGCAUUUGAAGAAAAAGUUGAACAAUGGUUAUGUGAUUUAUAUUUUCAACAGCAAGAACAUUUCAAUUUAGGAAUUUUCAUUCAACAAUUACUUUCGAAACCAUUAAUUAAUAUUGAUAAUGAUAGAAUAUCAUCAUCAGAUAAUACAGAACAUCAAACGAUAGAAAGCUCUGUGCAUACAACAACGAAAGUGAUCAUAUUUACACGAACGUCAUCCUAUGUUGUUAGUUUAAACCGACAGUCAAAAAAUGAAUUAUUUACUACUAAGAAUGAAGAUGAUGACGUGUCUAAUUAUAAUAAACAAAUUGAAAUCGUAAAUUUAAACACAAUUGAAAAUUCAGUUGAAUUACAUGAAGUAUUUAAUAGUUAUUGCAACGAUACUAAUAAAAAUGUUUUAAUGAUUAUAAUUGAUGGCCGAAAUGGACAACAGCGUUCACAUAUUCCCUUUGUUCGACAGUUAAUUGAUAAAACUGAAUCUUCUUGCAAUACUACUGAUUGUACAAAGCCAAAAUAUUUUCUUAUGCUUAUUCAUUCAUCAACUCAAGACUUAUAUCAUCAAUCAUGUUUUCCAUCAAUAUUUCUACAUGACUGGGAAUUUUAUUUCUUCGACACAUGCAUACCAGGUAGUGCAUUUCAUCUUCAAAAAAUGAUACGAAUUAUAUCUUCAUCAUCUCUCGAUGAUCAACAAUCAGAAAAUCAUGAUAACGUUCUUUGUGAUUUGAAUGUUCUCUUUGACGAUUCACUAUGGGAUUUUUGUUCUCAAGUUCAAUUUCUUCUACCUGAACUCUCAGAAAAUAUGUUCACAAAUAGAAUUGCUUAUGAAUUUUAUCAACGACAAACAAAUACAAUACGUCGUGUUAAAUGUCUUAAACAAAUUCUUCAACAAUCAAUACAAUUACAAAAACAUAUUGUUAAUAUUUAUCAUAAAUAUUUAUUAAGAAAAGAAAAUUCUUCGAAAAAUAUUUAUAAUUUAAUUUAUCAAAUUUCGAAAGAUAUUCUAUGUAGCAAACGUUUUGAUGGUCUUAUUGAAUCAAUUCAUUCACAAACACGAAAUUCUUUUACAAAUUUUGUUUCAAAUAUUUUUAAAUUUAUUGUUAGUGAUUAUGGAUUAGAAACACUACCAAAAUUAUCAACUCAUUAUGACAUCUAUUGUUCAUUAUUAAAUUUAAUUGAUUAUCAAUCAUUCUCUAUUGAUGAUAAUAAAGAUAUAUUUGCUGCACCAACAACACAAGGAAUAUUUCAACUUACUACUCAUUAUUCUUGUAUACCAUACACGCCAUUAUAUUAUUUAUUGCAUCAACGUGUUAAAAAACAUGCUGAUGAUAUCAAAGAAACACUUGCUAGAGCAUUAACUAAACAUCAAGAAAAAGAAGAUAGUCUACGACUUGAUUACUAUGAUGCUCUACCAAUAACAACUACAGAUAAUAACAAUGAAAAUGAGGGUGAGAUGACUCAAUAUAAAUUUGAACAAUAUAGAAGCAAAUUAAUCGAUGUUAUUUUAAAUGAUAAUAUACUAACUGAUGCAAUUUGUCAACCUAUUGUUCAAUCCUAUUCAACUGAUCUUAUUCGAACAUUUUGUAGUAUCGUCGAAAAAAGUUUUGACAAUGAUCCUAUUAAAUGUCAACAAGCAGUUGAAUUUGUAUCACGCUGGUUAUUACUUAUCGAUGAUAAUGAUCGUCAGUCAUUAGACAGUUAUCCUAAUAAAGAUGUAUGGCUUCUUGCACAUGUUUAUACAUCAUUUGAAUAUGAACAGAAUGAUCUUAUAUCAAUGUAUUCAGCCUUUCGAAUAAUUAAUCGUAUUAGUUCUUCAAUUCUGUCAUAUGAUCAUUUAUUUAAUGAAGAAGCUAUAACUCGUUCUCAUUUACGUGAAAUAUUUUUCUACUUGAUUUUCAAUUAUUUAUGGGAAACUCUAAAUAAAUUAUGUACAAAUAAUGAAAAUUCUGAAACAUGGAUAUAUGCUUAUACAUUUAUUUCAAAAUAUUAUCCAUCAGAAAAAGUAUUACGUGCUUUUCAAUUAACUGAAAUAAAAAGUCGGAUUGAGUUUAUGAGUUUAGCUUAUUUGAUACUUUUAAAUGAUACAAUAACUGAACCACAUAAAUUAAUAUCGAUUUUACUCACAGAAACAAAUAUCAGUCAAUCAUCUGUUUGUUUAAGGUUAUUACCAAAAAUGACAGAUAUCAUUGAUCAAUAUUUAAAAGGCAAAAAUAUUAUUAAUUCAACAUUAUUUAUUGAUGUUCAACAAUGGACAAUAAUUAUCUUAAAAUCAAUAAAACAACCAGCUAAACAAGAUAUUUAUUUUCUAUUGAAAUAUAUAGAUACAUCAACUUGCUCAUUCUCUGUUGUAAUGAAGCAAUUUUUAUUCGAUGAAUUAAUUAACAUACUUCUUAAAAUUGAAUAUCGUAGUAAACAAAAUUUCGAUAUAUGGGAUAGGCUUAAAAUGAUUCCACAUUUAGUUGAAUGUGUAUCUAAUAUUAAUAUGAUUGAAAAUUAUAAAAUACCUUACCAUCGAUCAACAUUUUCUGAUGAUGACAAUGAUAUAGAAAUAAGACAAGUAUUAUUUGAUUUAUAUUUCUUUCAUCUUAGACGUCAGAUAGCUAAUGAGGAGAUUACAACAAUUCUAAUUAAUAAAGGAAUGCUAUUAACAUUACCAAGAAUUCAAAACCAAUCUUUGAAAUCAAUAGGGGAAAAUGUUUUCAAACAAUUAAUAGAUUAUCUUCGAAUAACAAUGCUUGCUUUGUUACUAUGUGACAUUAACUUGAAUCAUAAUGAAUUAAAUGAUUUUGAUCCUAUUGUGUCAACUACCAUACAAGAAUUCUUGUUAACGGAUGACCAAGCAACAAAAUUUAAUAAUUAUCUUCAACUUUUUCUGUCUACAAUCAUAUUAAAAAGAUCAUGGAAUUAUCUUUUAAAUUUAUUAAAUUCAAACGAUAUUAAACGUUUGAAUAAUCAAUGGGCAACACAUUUAUAUCGAUUACUCGAACUAAAACAAACACAAAGAACAAAUAAAUAUUUACAGUUAUGCCAUCAAAUUCAAUUUACAUUAUCAUCAAAAAAUGAUUCAUCAAUAUUUCCCGAACUUCAUCAACCAUAUGAAGAUUUGAGAAAUAUUAUUGAUAUUUGUGUUGAAAGUAAUACUGAACAAAACCCAUGGAAUGCUUUAUCUGAUUGGAUUCAGUCAAAAAUCAAUGCUGAUCCAGUUCAAUUACAGCUAAAGGAAAUUAAAGUAAUGUUAUUAUUAAUUAUUUAUUAUGAUUAUUAUUGUAGUGAUCAAUUAUCAUCUAUAAAUACUCUAUUAGAAAUGAUUCAGAAUACUUUACAAUUAUCAUCUGAAGAAUUACGAUUAUUUCGUAUUUUUAUAAGACCUGAAGAAUUUAUGAUUGGAUAUCCCAAAGAUGAUAAUAUUGCUGAUAAGAAUUUCCUUAAUGGUCUGUUCAAACUUGAUUGUAAUGAUGAAUUCGAUUUAUCUAUACGUCAUAUGCUUGUCAAUCUUAUGGCUAUGAUCUUGUUAGGUGGUGAAAACUCUUUUCUUUGGACAUUUAUGUUUCAACCGUCAAAAUUAGAAAAUACAUUUGGGUUUGGCUCAACCGCACGAGACAGCAUUCAAAGGCAUGGUGUUCAUUAUGAUUGUGGUUGUAUUAUUUCGCACAAUGGCGAUUUGUUACAAUUCUCGCAUGGUGGAGAUGUUAAUGGUUUAAGUGUACCAUCCGUUUAUGUUGCUUACUUCUCGACAUUUGGUGCAUUGGCAUGGCAUCUUUUAUUAUGUGAUGAAUCUGUUGAAAAUUUGUAUGAACCGAUCCUGGCACCAUCAGCUAUUGAUGAUGAUGAACCAACUCAUCAACUUGCUGGUGAAAGUACCCGAGCUAAAGUUUGUCAUUUUGUUUGCACUAGAUUACUAUCAACAUUUCACUUUUUGACAACUAAUUCAAAUCAAAAUGAUGCUUGUAUUAUCUUGACACGUUGUUUUGAACAAAUGGCAUUUCUUACAAAAAAUGAAAAUUCAUGGAUUAGACCAGUAUACACAAAGAAGAAUGAGGAAAUGAAAGCUCAACAAGAGUAUAAAGAUAAUGUGUUUUAUUUCAUUUAUAAUAAACUUGGUGAAUAUAAAGCGUAUAUCAAUCAAUUGAAUCUACAAUCACAAAUACAAAUGAAUUUACAAAAUUUUAUUGACGAAAUGCCCAUUAUCGUUCAAUUUACACACUUCAAAAUUGAAUUAAAUCGUUUAACAGAUCCAGAAAUAUCUCAUAUAAUUUUGCAACAUACUCUAGCCUCUUUACCAUUUCUAAAAAUAGCUAAAUUAAUAUAUGAUCUUAGUCAAUUUUAUUGUCUUUUACAUCAAACUUAUGCCAAAUUAAUUGAACGAAAUGAAUUUUUAACCAUAACAUUACAACAACUAUAUGAUCGUGGUCAAAUUUAUUACAAUAGUUCUUAUCAACAACAGCAUCAAAAUGAAAAUAAAACACAUCGAUCAAUUAUUGAAAAUGGAAUCGAAGCUGUUAAUCUUUAUCAUAAAUUCUCUGAUGGUUUAAUUCAACCAGGCGCUUGUGAUGAAAAGCAGCGUUUUUCAACAACUGAAUGGGAAACGCCGGUGAAUUAUUUAGUUACAAAUGAAAAUCAUGAUGAAGGCGAUAUUGUCAUGCGUAUAAUCAGUGUUUUAGUUGAUUAUCACAACAGUUUAUUAGAUCUAAUGGAAAAUGAACUGAACAAAAAUGAGAAUCGUACUAUUAGUUCUUUAAGAAAUUUAAUCAAAGAAUUGAUAUCAAAAAAUGUUUCGAUAUUACAAGUGGCAAAUGAUAAUACUGGCGUUAUUCAUUUAAAUGACACAGAUUGUUUAUGGAUUACACAGUUAUCUCAAGCAAGUCUUAUUAAUAACGAAGAUCAAUAUUUCAUUACAUCAGAUUCUCGAUUAUUUUUUGAUUUUAUUUAUAUCCAAGCACAGAUUAUUCGAAAAUAUCUUCUAUUUUGUCGAAUUAAUUAUCGUCAUAUUAUUCAAAAAUAUCAAUGUCAUACAAAUCGCACCAAAACAACAACAGAUGAUGAAAGUUUAGAUCUCGAUGAAAGAUACUUACUUCGAUUAAGUAAUGAACAACUUGAAAAUGAAUGGAAUUAUUUAAAAGAUAUAUUAUUAGACAAACUUUAUGAUACUUAUAAACUUCUAAGACAAAUAGCAUUAACAUUAAAAACUCAUCAGAAUGAUUUUUCAUCAAAUUAUCUUUUUGAGUUUGUUCGAAUGACCGAUAAAGAUAAUGAUAUUCUUCGACGAUUGGAACAAUAUGAAAUAAAAGAUUUUCAAUUAUGCUAUAUUAAUCAUGUUAUUGAAAUUUAUGGAGAAUCAGUUAGUGGAUUUCAACAUUUAUUUACAGAUAUACCACCUUUACUUCGAAUUCAUAUUGAUUCUCAAUUAAACGAUGAACUUACUCGAAACCUAUGGGAAUAUAUUAUUAACAUUGACUAUAAUAAUAAUGUUGAUAAAAUUCAAACAACAAUACAAACAAUUACAACGUUUCUUAAUGAACUAAAAGAUAUUGAAGAUACCCUUCAACAACAGUCUACACAAUCACUAACAGAAAUAUGUGAAUUUUCAGCCAUUGAAAAUCCAAUACUUUCAUGGAUACCCGAUAAAAUAAAAUGUGAAAACUAUGUUGAUGUUUAUAUUCACUUAAUACGUACAAGAUCAAAACUUCAAGAACAAAAAUUUACCAUCGAAGAACGAGAAAUGAAAUUAUGGGAUGAAAGUGUUAAUGUUGAUGAACUACAAGAGAAGCAAGCAAGUCGUUUUCAACAAUAUUUAAAUCCACAAUAUAAUCAACAAUUAUCAAACGAAAACUCAGAUAUAAUUGGGCCAAACGAUUGGGUACUUCCUGCGAUCAACACAGAUGACUCAGCUUCUAAUUUAACAAAGGAAGACAAUUCAGUUAAUAGUGAUCAAUCUGCAAUCAACUCAAAUGAUCUUCCAAGUGAAAACAUUCAAUACACAUCUUUAAUGAUAUUAAAUUUCAAAGCAGUUCCAUGUAUAUCAUCAAGCCUUUCUCAACAAAUACAUAAAUAUCGAGAAGAGCCAUCAAUAGAACCAGCGAUUGUAACUAAACCCCAAAAGUAUACUAUGAUACAUCCGAAUGGAGAACCGAAAUCGGCUCUAUGGAAGAGAGAAAAUAUUUGUCAACAAUUCGAGAAAUUAUUCAAUGAUAGAAAAUAUAGCAAAGAUGUGUAUGUUGUUGUAGAUAAAAAUGAAAUGUUAUUUGAUUUUACAAAGAAUAAUUACCUUUUAGCAGAUCCAUCAAUUUUAGAAUAUCAUAUCAUUGAAAAACAAUUUUUAGUUCAAACUAAAAUUCAUUUUCGAACACAAAUAAAAGAAUAUUUAACAACAUCCAAAUGUAAUGUUUCAACUAUUAUUCAUCAUUUUAUUGAUAAUGAACAACUUAAAUCUUUAUCAACAGAUAUUAUACUAUGUUUCUUUGAUGAGUAUGGUAAAUGUAUUAAUGAUGGAACCAUUAAUGAUCUUUGCAAACCAGAUUGCAAGACGAUUUCGAUUUUUAUGACCGAAGAAACAUUAAAUGGCAACACAUUAUAUGAACUUGCUUUACAAGAUAAAAAAGAUGAAAAUCCAAUUAUAAAUCUGUUUUGCUCAACAACAAAAUGGCAACAAAUAAAUCUUUGGUUAAAAACGCUCUCACAUAUAAAUGAGUCUUCAGUUAAUGAUUAUGCAUUUUUCAUGAGAGAAAAGAAAAUAAUCAUUGAUGAAAAUCAAAUUCUUUCAUCGAUAACAGAUCGAACAGAAUCCAUAAUAAUCGAUGUUAUCAAUCGAAAUAGUUUGAAUAAAGUUAUUUUAACUUUUGAGACAAACAGUCAAACUAUUUCCGUAUUAAACUCAAUGAAGAUUUCUUCCGUAUUAAAUAAUGAAGAUAUUCUUAAACAAUUAAAUUUAACUGAUGUAUCUUCUGAUGAUUGUGUUCUUAUCUUGAAAGAACCAAAUGAAAUUAUUCUAACAAAAGAUGAUCUUCAAAAACCUAUCAGUACUUAUUCAACUAUUGAUAAUGAACUAAUUCAUUUUCAAAUAUCAAUCUCAGUUCAAAUAAUAAAAUAUGACGAUAAGGAACAAAUUAAAAUACCUUUAUCAAAUAGAAAUAUAACUAUUGAACAAUUGUUAAAUUUAACAGGAAAAUCAAUUGAUGUUUACAAAUAUUUAGCUACAAAUGACACGAAAAGAAUUAUUAAUUCUAAUGAAAUACUUUCAAACUUAAAUAAAACAAAAUUUAUUCUUGUGAAAGAAAAUGAAACUUGUCUUACAUCGAUUAAGAAAUCAAAUGCUUCAGAACAAUUCGAUAACAAUGAAAACGUACAUGAAAAAGUCCAACUAUUUACUAAUUUUGCUACUAUAGAUGACAUAGAUAAAGAAAAUCAAGAUGAUAUUUUAGAUAAAUAUCUUAUGUAUUCAAAUGAUUUUGUUCCAUCAAAAAAUAUCCAAUUAAUACCUUUUCAAUCAGAAUCACCGAUUCAAUUUACUAUCAUCGAUGAAAAUUUACCAAUUACUGUGACUAUACAAAAUAAUGAAUUAAAUAAAUCGAUUCAAUUUAAUUGUAAAGAUUCGAUUACUCUUCCACGUCUUUGCGAGAUUGCAUGUCAAUUAUUUUGUUUGAACAACAAAUAUUACUGUUUAACUAUGGAUGAUGACACGGAAUUAACCGAUAGCACUCUUUCUUUAAAAGAUACUAUUGAUGAAAAUGCGACUGAAAUUAGUCUUCGAUUGAAAUCGACAGCGUCUCUGUAUUGUUCGAUCAUGUAUUGCAAUCAAACUAUCAAAUUACCAUGCUGUCAAGAUACACCGAUAAUGACCAUAAUUAAAGAAACACUACAGAUUUUAAACAAAUCAGAAGACAAUAUGAACAUGUAUGAAUUAAUAGCAUUAGAUAAUGAUCGAACCGAAAUUGACUUUGAUUAUAAGUUAGAUGAUGCCAUGGGAUUAUUUCCAAAUGGUUCGACGGCCAUUCCAUUUGAAUUAAAGAGCAGAGGAAAUUAA